AUGACUUUUCUCUUUUCCUCGCCUUUUUUAUUUUUCCUCCUCUACCCAUUGUUCCUUCAAUCAUGUGGUUUCACCUUUCUCUAA